GUACUGUUAUAUACGUACCUUUAUUCCCAUUAAUUUACUAUUCACACUUCUUAAGAGGUGGAUUAUCCUUUUUACGUGAUACAAAAUAAUCGUUUGUUUAUCUUUGGUGACAGUUGUUCAUUGUAGAAAAAUUUUAAGUGCAAUUUAUUUUGCUUUUUCAUUUGAUUGAACCAGUAUUUUCAUUAACAUGAUAGAAUUAAUUUCGAUACCUCUUAAAAAACCGUCCGAUGUUGACGUGAUAAAACCAGUAACUAAUGUUAUCAAAUCUACAUAUAAUUUCGAACAAAACGGAAAAAAUUUUUCAGAGGCUAUUAAUGAAUUUAGCAAAAUGAGAAAUAAUGCACUAUGGGGAGCUUUUGAGAAACACGAAAGUUCACUAGAAUGUGUUUACAGUUACUAUGAUCAGCUGUGUGCAUUAGAACGAAAAAUACCUUCACAUGAACUUAAGAUACCUUUCAAGUGGAAAGAUGCAUUUGAUCGAACCAUAUUUGGCGGAAAAUUAAGUUUAACUAUUAGUACAAUUUCAUAUGAGAAAAUGUGUGUACUUUUUAAUAUUGCGGCUUUACAAAGUUCCAUUGCUGCUUCACAAUCUCUUGAAAAUGAUGAAGGACUAAAAUUAGCAGCUAAAUUAUUGCAGCAAUCAGCCGGAAUAUUCAACUAUCUUAAGGGAAAUGUGAUGUUAGCUAUUCAACAGGAGCCGACUCCAGAUAUGAGUCCAGAAACACUUGGUGCUUUAUCUGCUUUAAUGCUCGCUCAAGCACAAGAAAUUUUUGUACAUAAAGCAAUUUAUGAUAGUAUGAAAGAUGGAAUAAUUGCAAAAUUGGCAGCUCAAGUUGAAGAAUUUUAUGCAGAAGCUUUAAAAUUGUUUCAGAAAGAAAUUUUUCGAUCAUUUUGGGAUAAAGAGUGGAUUCAUUUGAUGUCUGGAAAACAAGCAGGUUAUCAUGCCUUGGCCGAAUUUUAUCAGUCACUGGUUUGUAAAACUCAAAAACAAGUUGGUAUGGAGAUAGCUAGAUUAGAGUAUGCGGUUGAGCUUUUUAAAAUUGCACAAAAUCGUUCAAAUAAAUCUAAUUUAUUUCAAGAUUAUGCUAUUAAAGCUCAAAAAAUGUUUAAUGAUUCUAAAAGGGAUAAUGAUUUUAUUUAUCAUGAAAGAAUUCCAGACGUUAAGAGCUUAGAACCUAUUGGUAAAGCAUGUUUAGCAAAACUGUUUCCUGUACCAGAAACUUUCUCUUCAGAAUUUAAAGAUCUCUUUGAACAAUUGUUACCAGUUAGUGUAUAUCACUCUAUUUCAUCUUAUGAAACUCGACGCAGUGAAGUAGUGAACGGUGAAAUUUCAAAACUACGUGAAAUGACUCAAAUUCUCAACGGUGUGUUAGCUAAUCUAAAUUUGCCUGCUGCUAUUGAAGACACUAGUGGCAUAGAUGUUCCGCAAUCUUUAAUUGAUAAAGCUGCUUUUGUAAAGACUGAAGGUGGUAUUACAGCUCUGGAAGCAGCCAUGAAUGAAUUGCCGGAAUUACUUAAGAGAAAUGAAGAUAUUUUAAAUGAGACUGAAAGGAUGUUAAAUGAAGAACGAGAAUCAGAUGAGCAUUUAAGGACUCAAUUUAAAGAACGUUGGACUAGGAUUCCAAGCACCAGAUUAACUGAGCAAUUUGUUAUGAAUGCUCAAAAAUAUCGUGGAAUCAUAAACAAUGCCGUUUCAGCAGACAAGGUUAUUCGAACUAAAUUUGACAAUCAUCAUGAAAGUAUGGAAAUACUUAGUUUAGAAGAAAAUGACUUAAAAGAACACAUACCUGCUGGUACUGCCAUACAAGAAAGCAAUGUCGUUAGAGAACUUCGAAACUUGAUGGAACAAGUUGAAACAUUGAAAGCAGAACGAGAUGUUAUAGAAAGUGAAUUGAAAUCUGCAACAUCAGAUAUGAAAUCAGUAUUUUUGUCAGCCUUAGUUAAGGAUGGUGUUAUUGAUGAACCCAACUUAUCUGUAGAAUGCAUAGGCAAAGUUUAUGGCCCUUUGCAGAAACAAGUUCGAGAAAGUGCAAACAGACAAGAAGAAUUAAUCAGUCAAAUACAGAUGGAACAUGAAAAAUUCGUGUCAGAACAAUCAGGAAGUGGUACUGCUCGUGAGGAAACACUCUGUAAAUUAGCUGCAGCUUUUGAUUCUUUCAAAGAACUAAGAAACAAUUUAAAGGAAGGUGCAAAAUUUUACAAUGAUUUAACCCAAUUGUUAGUGGUUUUCCAAAAUAAGAUAUCCGACUUUUGUUUUGCUCGUAAAACGGAAAAAGAAGAGUUAUUUAAGGACUUAACAACAAACUUAGGUCAUUCUGGGCCAGCAUUAACACCUGCUAUUCCUUCUCAUCAUGAAGGACCAAGUUCAUCAGAAUCACAUACGGACUCAGGGUUAAAUUUACCAUACCCAUUACAGUAUCAAGGUGGAAUGCCAAUUCCUCACAAUAUUAGUAACGCUACCUAUCAAAGUUAUGUUGCUCCUCCAAUGCCAACAACGUACAAUCCAUAUGCUACAAUGCCAUAUUCAAUUCAAGGUGUGUACAACUUUCCGCAGGCUUCUUCUCAAAUUCCCUAUGCAGGAUAUGCAACAUUUCCUCGCAAUGAUGGUACUCAACAUUUGCAUGGAAAUAAUCCCUGGAACAGAAAUGGAUAAAUAUGUCAUUUUCGAUCUCUCAGCAUAAAGUGUGUUAACGCUUCUUUAAUAUAGUAUACAAAAAAAUAUAAUUAAAUAUUACUAACCGUAGAAGUUGCAAUUAUUCGUAAUAACAUGAAUUAAACAGAUGGAAAAAUCUAAAAGUCUUUUUUUAAGACUAUUACUUUAUUUUCAUAAAAAAAUUAAAAAUGUAAUUACCAUGAAAAAUAAUAAAAGUUAAAAUUUUUUUGUACAUUAAUUGUAAAUGAACAUCAAUAUCAAUGUAUAAAUGCAAAAAUUAAAAAAUAUAAAUAAAUACUUCCAAGCUUA